AUGGAAGAUUUCGGCUCAACGAGCACUAUCGAACGGAUCAAACCAGGAGUCGUUCUUAAACAGCCGCUGGAUUUUAAGACCAAAGGCCUUGCCGACAAGGUAAAUCGUUGCUUUUCUGUCGAGCCUCUUAUACUCCGGAAGUUGGGACAUCAUCCAAGGAUCGUGAAGUAUUUUGGGCAGCAGGAUCGCGGCCUGCUGCUUAGCCAAGCAAGCCAUGGCAAUCUACAGACGUAUAUCGAUGAGAACGACUCUUUCAUUGACCUCCACCAACGCAUGAUAUGGUGCCGCCAGCUGACCGAAGCUAUUAUGCACAUUCACAGCCACGGCGUAAUACACUUCGAUCUACGUCCUAGGAAUAUUCUUGUCCACGAAACGAAACCAGGAUCCCGCGAUUUACUGCUCUGUGACUUCGGGGGAGCAACAUGUGAUGAAAUGGUUCAAUCUAUUCCCGCGCUCGAUAUAUUCGGCCUCGGAUCUCUCUUUUACACCAUUCUGAUGGGACAUUGGCCUUACAGAUCUUCCCCUGGUCCCCCGGAAACGAUCGAUGAGAAGAUCACCUAUGAGAUGGAAGUAUCCAAGUGUUUCAGCCAGGGAGAGUUCCCCGACGUGACGAAGCUGGUUGGGGGCAGCGUGAUCAUGGGCUGUUGGACGAAGCAGUACGCAACGGCAGAGGAAGUCCUGUAUGCCCUGGAUAGAGAAAUGCAGAUAACAGUGUUGGUAUAA